AUGGGAAUCUCAAACAUUACAGGUGAAGAUCAUCAUGCAAACUUGUCUUCAGCCAAUAGUGUGGAAAAUCAAUUACAACAAGUUGAACAAAACAAUAAUAAUCAACAUCAACUUCUUAAUCACUUCCUCUAUGGCUCUCCCAAUGGAGAUCAAACCAAUUCCCAUGGCUCAUCCAAUUCACUUUAUCACCACCAACAAAGAGUUAAGAAGAAGCGAAAUCUUCCCGGCACUCCAGAUCCAAAUGCUGAAGUUAUUGCUCUAUCACCAACAACCCUAAUGGCUAGAAAUAGGUUUGUGUGUGAGAUUUGCAACAAGGGGUUUCAAAGAGAUCAAAACCUUCAAUUACAUAGGAGAGGACACAACCUUCCAUGGAAACUCCGGCAACGAACCGGUGCCGAAGUGAAGAAAAGGGUCUAUGUGUGCCCUGAACCAACGUGCGUUCAUCACAACCCAGCUCGAGCUCUCGGCGAUCUUACCGGAAUUAAGAAGCAUUUUAGUAGAAAGCAUGGGGAGAAGAAAUGGAAGUGUGAGAAAUGCUCCAAGAAAUAUGCAGUUCAGUCUGAUUUGAAGGCUCAUCAAAAGACUUGUGGCACUAGGGAAUACAAAUGUGAUUGUGGAACUCUCUUUUCCAGAAGGGACAGUUUCAUCACCCACAGAGCCUUUUGCAAUGCAUUAACAGAAGAAAACAACAAACUAAAGCAAGGAACUCUCAACAAUAACAAUAAUAACAUAGAACCAAUCUCAAUUAUCUCCAGUCCAAAACUCCCUCAUUUUGGAACAUCAAUCAUACCUGAAUUAUUCAACCCUUAUGAUAAAAAAAACCCUUUUAAAUCCCUCCCUCAAGAACUCAACAACUCGACCCCACCAUUCCCUGCCCCGGCCACCGGUGCGCCUGGAGGCUUGUUCAUGGCCGGACCUCGAAGCAGCAACAACUCUUCUUCUUUCUCAAGCCUUAAGCUCAGCUCCACCACCUCUUCGCGCUUUAGUUGCCUUUAUGACAGCAAAAACAGCUGCCUUCAGGAUUCUGGGUUGGCGACAACAGCAUUGGUAACAUCUGCGACCGCCUUGUUACAAAAAGCUGCACAAAUAGGAGCAACUACAAGUUCUGUUGGUGUUUUGAAGUCACCAUUGUUGGAAAUGCCACAUUCUGAUCAACCAGACAUGGUAGGGAUGAAUAUGGAAAUGUACGGACAUAUGAUGAUGAUGAAAGAACAAGAUAAUUGUACUAGCAAUAGCUCGAGUUUUGUCGUCCAUGAAAAGGGCCAAUGGCAACCGAUAUCGAGGUUUUCAAGUGGCGAUAACAACAGCAAAGAGAGUCAGAUGAUGACUCUAGAUUUGUUGGGAGAAAGAGGGUGGAGGCUGAGGCAAUUGCAAGGAAAUGAAAGCCACCAUCACGAGGAGAUGAUGCCAAUUAUGAAACAUUUUGAGAUGCAAAACUUUCAUAAGGAUUCAAACGUUGACAAAUCCAUAUUUGAGUUUUGAG